AUGUCAGCCUUGUCUGUUGUGUACACCUCACAAAAGAGUGCCUGGAUCGAUAGUACGAUUUUUAUGAAGUGGUUUCUGGACGUUUUCAUACCCUCUGUAAAAGCUCAUCAGCUAAAGAAUGGGAAGAGGCAGAAAACACUAGUUCUCCUUGAAAAUGCACCAACUCAUCCGUCAUGUGAUAUUUUAAACGAAAAAGACGAGUUCAUAAAGGUAACAUUUCUUCCACCUAACGUAAUCUCCUUAUUACAGUCCAUGGAUCAAGGCGUUAUUGAGACUUUCAAACGGUAUUACAGGAAAGAAUUGUUGCGUAAGUUAUUGUUAGAAAGAGAAGAGGAUGGAGAAGAAAGUCUCUUAAGAAAUGAUAAGAAUAUUGACUUGAAAGACGCGUCCUACAUGAUCAGCGCAGCAUGGAAUAGUGUAAAGGAAGAGAAUUUGAAGAAAGCCUGGAAUAAAAUUUUGGACUCAGAAGUAAAUUCACGAGGUAUGAUUGAAAAUGACGAACAGAAUGAUAUGUCCGAAAUUCUCGGUUUGCUAAAAGAAAUAGAUUGCCACGAAUGUGAUGAAGAAAACAUUCAUGAAUGGAUGAAUAUCGAUGAUGCAGAUCCAGGACACCAAAUCAUGCAGGACAGCGAGAUUGUAAACGUCGUCACUGAUAAAGAUGACGCCACCAGCAUCUGA